AUGGAUAGCGACUUUUGUACAGUUUGUUAUAAACCGGUUAAAGACUCGCAUAGUUUGUAUUGCGGUUCAGAAUGUGCGAGCAUCGAUAGCUCUUCUCAAUUGAAUUCCAACACACCCCCGCCCUCCCCGCCUGCCCAUCUUCGCUUUUCGAUCUCAUUAAUGCCUAAUACUUACUACGCAUCUGAAGCAAAUUCAAACAAAGUACUUUCUCCGCCCUCCUCGGUAUCUUCUUCUUACUCGGAUUCCGACGUCUCAUCAUUUACCAGU